UAACCUUCCUUACGUAGUUGCGUAACUAAAAGAGGAGAUGGUUUUGAAUGUGAAUUGGUUUAUCAGUUAUAAAAGGAAAGGACGUAUGUACACGCAAAUGGUGUGAGUAAGCGUUGGAUGAUGGCUUUGUAGUAAAGGGAGAGUUGACGUAAUUAAGUUGUUGGAGGUUGAGAUAAGCUUGUCGACUCACAACACUCUCACAUUUUUUUUUUCACAACACUCUCACUUGUAUCCUAAAAGUUCAUGAUUUCCUAAACCUUCUUCAUACUCACAGCUCACCCAAUUCUAUUUAUUGCUCUUUCAUCUACAACCUCAACAUUUUUAUAUAAAACCAAUACAAUAUAAAAUUAAAAAAUUGUGGUAUUUAUGUAACUAUAUUAUAGAAUUUUCUAUACUUUCAGUUGAAAUUACGUGUAAUCAGAUACUUUAGGGUUUUCUUAUUAUGGAAGUUACUUUGUAAUUUAAAAAAAAAAUCAUAGAAAAGUAUAUAUAUGAUGGCUUGAAAAGUCAGACAAAGUUUUUCUCCACUGGAUUUGUAUAUAAUAUUACAUCCACAUCAAUGUACCAUCAAUAUCAUGACAUUGUUCAAGAUUUCAACCAUAAACAAUGUACUUCUAUCUUUUGCUUCUCCGAGUAUUGGCAACUAAAACUAAAGUCUUAUAUUAGUCCAGAAGCUGUGUUUGACUGAACAAGUGAUUUUACGAUUCACAUGAUUUCAUAGUACGUGCUACAAGACACGGUCACGUACGAGUGUAACUCGCAAAGAUGGACCAUUCUCCCUUAGUUAACAAUACCACAUCGUAUGUAAAUACUCAGAGUUCUAGAAUCUAAUCUUUUGUGUAACCUUGGAUUCACUAAGUCAACUAUGUGAUACAAAAUAUAUGGCCAGCUUGUGGAUUGGCAUAUAUGUUCUACAUAUACUAGACUGUACGUAUGAAAAUUUAAUAAAUAAUUAAAUAGACAGAACAUGUGAAGUCCAUCGUCCACUUUGUACAUCCACAUCAAUGUGCCACCUUAUUGUUAUCAAUUUUCUCAGCACCAGUCUGUGCUUGUCAGUAAACUUUUCAAAUUAAACUGUACCCCACACCAAUGGCAUUGACUCUUUUUGGACAGCAUGAGUUGUCAAUAAACGAGACCUGUCUUUUCCUGUUUCAUUGUCCUCUUAUAUAUCCCCACAACAAUCUUGGCUAACAUCUUCAUGCAGUUUUAAAUACACUACUUCUUCUUUAACCCAGAGUUUCUUUUUCUUUUUUUUUAAAUGGAUAUUCUCUGUAUCCUCUCUUCUCUUCUCAUUCUUUACCUAAUCUUCAAGAUCUGGAAACACAUAGAUUCCAAAAGAGAUCAAAACUGCUACAUCUUGGACUAUCAAUGCCACAAACCUUCAGAUGAUCGUAUGCUGAGUACUCAAAUCAGCGGUGAGAUCAUCCGUCGAAACAAACACCUUAGACUCAACGAGUUUAAGUUCCUCCUCAAAGCCAUUGUUAGUUCAGGUAUCGGAGAGCAAACCUACGCACCAUGUAUCUACUUUGAAGGACGUGAAGAGUCUCCUACCAUACAAGACGCUCUCUCGGAGAUGGAAGAGUUUUACAUUGACACAAUCGAGCAACUCCUAAAGAGAAACAAACUCAAACCUAAGGACAUCGACGUACUCGUGGUCAACGUCUCCAUGCUCAACUCAACACCUUCUCUAUCCGCAAGAAUCAUUAACCAUUACAAAAUGAGAGAAGACGUGAAGGUUUUCAACUUAACAGCGAUGGGAUGUAGCGCGAGUGUCAUAUCGGUAGAUAUUGUUAAAAACAUUUUCAAAACGUACAAGAACAAGCUUGCUCUCGUUGUAACGUCCGAGUCGCUUAGUCCUAACUGGUACAGCGGAAACAACCGGUCUAUGAUUCUUGCUAACUGCUUGUUCCGGUCCGGUGGCUGCGCGGUUCUUUUGACCAACAAGCGAUGUCUAAGCCCCAGAGCAAUGUUUAAGCUGAAGUGUUUGGUGAGAACGCACCAUGGAGCCAGAGAGGAUUCAUUCAACGCGUGCGUCCAAAAAGAAGACGAGCUGGGACGUGUCGGUAUCCACUUAGACAAGACUCUUCCAAAGGCAGCCACUCGUGCUUUCGUGGACAACCUCAAAGUCAUCACUCCCAAGAUUCUUCCCGUGACGGUGCUCUUUAGGUUUAUGCUGUCUCUCCUUCUCAAGAAGCUUCGUAGAAGCCCUAGCAAAGGCUCCACGUCCAACGUGGCUCAAGCAGCUCCAAAGGCGGGGAUUAACUUCAAAACCGGUAUUGACCAUUUUUGCAUUCACACGGGAGGCAAAGCGGUUAUCGACGCGAUUGGUUAUAGUCUUGACUUAACCGAGUACGAUCUUGAACCGGCGAGGAUGACGCUACACCGGUUUGGGAACACGUCAGCGAGUAGCUUGUGGUAUGUUUUGGGGUACAUGGAAGCGAAGAAGAGGCUGAAGAGAGGAGAUAGAGUGUUCAUGAUAAGCUUUGGUGCUGGUUUCAAGUGUAAUAGCUGCGUUUGGGAAGUUGUGAGAGAUCUUAGCGUUGGAGAAUGUUUAGGGAAUGUGUGGAACCAUUGCAUUGAUCAGUACCCACCAAAGUCGUUGUUGAAUCCUUUUCUUGAGAAGUAUGGUUGGAUUCGUGAAGAAGAAGAUGCUGAUACGUUCAAGUUCCGUACGUGAAGAAACUAUGUGACAGUGUUUUUCUUGUAGUAAUUUAAAGACAUACAAUUAUUUUAAACCGUAAAUCUGAAACAAAGGUGACUUGUGUCAUUCUUUUUCUAUUUUUAAAAUUAUUUGGAUUAUGUUUGGUUACGA